UAUAUUUUUGGUUUUGCUUUUUCUCAUUUGCUUCUUAAAUACGUCUCGAUUUGCAACCCAAAAUUUAGUGUCAACAGCAAAGGCAAAGGGGCCUUCAUGUCCAUAAGGCUCUAGGGUUCAAUAUAUGUUCCCUUUCUUCUUUUUCCUCUUUCUGCUUCAACAUGUCCAGCUAGCUCUUCAUAGUGGUUGAAGGUAUUUUAAUUCUCAGUUGAGCUGAUUUUAAGAUUCUGAGGAGGUUUUAUUUAGCGUAUAGAAAUAGAUUCUGAGGAGGUUUUGUAUAUUGGAUUACAAUGCCUUCUUCAGACAGUCAUGGUUCUUCGAUGCCGUUUGCCUCAUUCCGUCGUUCAAUUUUGAGUAUUAGAAGUGAACAACAGGUUCAUUCCCUGGAGUUGAACCAUGAUUCUAAUGUCCAGGAGAUUGAGCAGGAAGCAUUUCAGAAACUAGUGUCCACUCGAUUUCAGGAACUGUCGGUUGCUUCUGCUGAUGAAUUCCUUUCCAUUGCAUGGAUUCGCAAGUUGCUAGAUGCGUUUACCAGUUGUCAGGAAGAGUUCAGAAUCCUCUUGUGCAACAAUAAGGAACUCCUCUUGAAAUCGCCUCAAGAUAAGCUUCUGUCUGACUACUUUGAUAGAACUAUAAAAGCACUUGAUAUUUGCAAUGCAGCCCGUGAUGGGAUUGGUAAGAUUCGUCUCUGGCAUAAGCAUUUGGAAAUUGUGGUUUCCGCAUUGGAUUCUCGACAAAAGAUGAUUGGCGAAGGUCAGCUCCGCCGGACUAGAAAGAGUCUGAUGGAUUUGGCUCUUGUGAUGCUAGAAGAGAAAGAAGCUGGAUCUGUUUUUUCUCAGAGGAACCGUUCUUUUGGACGCCAUAAUAAGACCAAGGAUCACCAGCGUCGUCCUUCUGGGCACUCAAGAUCUCUAUCUUGGAGCGUGUCUCAAUCUUGGUCAGCAUCUAAACAGCUCCAGACAAUUGCAAGCCACUUGGUUGCUCCCCGUGGAAAUGAAAUAGCUGCAACAAAUGGGAUAGCGAGCCUUAUAUUUACAAUGAACUUUAUUCUGCUGUUUGUACUGUGGGUCCUUGUUGCUGCAGUCCCUUGUCAGGAUCGAAGCCUACAAAUUCAUUUUACUAUCCCAAGGCAAUUUUCAUGGAGCAAUCCCCUUUGGUUGCUUCAUGGUAGGAUAAUGGAUGAAGCUAAGAAGCCAGAACGCCGCAAUUCAAAUGGAUUGUUGAAGGAAAUUUAUCAGCUUGAGAAAUGUGUCCAUCAAUUGACUGACUUGAUAGACUCUGCUCAGUUACCGUUGACAGACGAUCAGAUGGAAGAAGUUAAAGUGGGCGGUCAAGAUUUAUCAGCAGUCUGUGAAGUUCUAAAGACUGGUCUUGAUCCACUAGAACGCCAUUUAAAGGAAGUAUUUAGAAAAAUUAUGAGUUGCCGGGCCGAGGGUCUUGAACUCCUGGGAAGUGCAAGUCAGCCUUAGCGUUUAUGUUGUCCUACAACUUCUAACAAAAUGGAAUUUCAUAUACAUCCCUAUUUUGGUUAUGCUGGUAUUAAGGAAGUAAAAAAGGAAAAAAAUAUCUAGCAACUAUGGUUUAAGCAGGUAACAGUUUGUAUGUACUAUACCAUAUGUAAAACCAGUUUCCAUUUUUCAUUUUUCUGCAUUGUGAUGGUUUAUUUUUUCAUUUUUUUCCUUUCUCUGGGAGGGGGUGGAGAUGGUGUUUUGUCAUGAUUAUACUUUUAUUAUAUGAAGCUAUUUAUUUGUUGUAUCUCCUUGGUGACAUGCAUAUUAACUGAUGAAUAAGGCAGCAAUCCUUGUAUCUGUCAAUGACAUAGAAAUUUGAGCUUGAGAUAAGAA